AUGACACGACCAAUGCAAAGCGUGGUCAGCUCCUUUGACCCUUGGUCUUUCUUCAGGCGCCCCUCCUCCAGCGCUCCUCAAGCUCAACCGGCAACCCCUGCCCCAGCAGCUGUGACGUCCUCGGCUUUCUACGAGACGGUCCACGCGCUGGCAGUUGUGAUGCUUGUCUUUGGCGGCUCGAUCUUCAGGCCGCUGACGAUUAAGCCCACAGUUGGUAUUGUUGCUGCCGCUCUGUCGACCAUGAUUGUCAGCUACUUGACGUUCUUCAGCGAGAUGGCUUGGCCCUGGCUGUUACAGGCCUUCAACCUGGCUCGGAGCAUCUUGGUCACCGCAUGGUUCAAAGGCCCCUGGGUCUUUGGCCCCAUCGUCUGGGACUUCUGUUGUAGCCUCUUCAGGGUUGUUCUUGCCCCCUCCCCUGUCUUCUGGAUCCUGCUCACCCUCUACAUCAUCUUCUCGGUUCGCUGGUACUACCAUGCGUACCUGGACCUUGGUCGUGGUGGUACGCCCCCCAAUGCGUGGGGCUGCUGGCGCAUCUUCCGUCUGAAGCUGGUGACUCGACUGUUCAUUGAUGUGUUCUCUCCACCGCGAGUGCCACCUCUCACUGACCCGUACCGUGGCCGCUUGUUUGGCCUGCCAAAGCGUGAUGGACCCCGUGCCACUGUGUUGGGUGUCGCUCCUCAGCGGCAGUCGGACCAGAAGGCCUCGCCUUCCACUGCCCUUCGCCUCAACCAGAUGCUACAAGACAUCGCGAACGAGUUCCCAGAGCAGUUGACGAUCGACCAAUCCUACCUUGAAGGCCAUCUGCCUGCCUUGAAACGCAGGCUGGGUGCCGACGAGGUGGCUGGCAAACCAGGCACUCCAGCAGAGUUUGGUGGCGAGAUCGCACACAUUCAUCUUUUGGAUGGUGGCAGCGCACAUUUCGUACUAUCCCCAGAGGAUGUACGGACUGUGAUCGAGACUGGAUAUGGCGAGCGACACCCCCUUGCGACCAACUGGUUUGUUUGGCGGUGGUGGCACCACUACUUCCGCAAGCAGCGUUUCCCAGUCCCCGAGACCACCUGCUUCAUCUACGCUCCCCGACACCAGGGCGAGCUGGAUGCGGUUAGGAAGAUCGCCGAGGCUGCUGCGUGGUGGGCCACGAAAGGUAAGGCGUACCCCGUCACCAUUGACACGUACCCCAUGGCUCCUGCUCCGGCCUCAGCUUGA